CUGCAGCCGUCGCUCUCCCUGCCCUCAGGGCGCCUGCCUGCGCUGAAGACGCGGGACGAGGGCACCAUCUCCAAAACGCAGCAGAUCAUAACUCAUCUCAGGAAACAGAAGUACAACGCCGACUACGACCUCUCGGCUACAGCGGACACGCUGGCCUUCGUGUCCCUGCUGGAAGAAAAACUGCUGCCAGUGCUGAUCCACACCUUCUGGGUGGACGCGAAGAACUACGUGGAGCACACGCGGAAGUGGUACGCGGAAACCAUUCCCUUCCCCCUGAACUUCUUCCUGCCCAACUGCAUGCACAAGCAGCACCUGGAGCGGCUGCAGCUGAUGUGGGGAGAUGGCUACAUGGAGGAUGAGGAGAAGCUGGAGAAGGAGCUCUACCGGGAUGCUCGGGAAUGCCUGACACUCCUGUCCCAGCGCCUCGGCUCCCAGAAGUUUUUCUUCGGAGACUCGCCGGCCUCCCUCGACGCCUUCGUCUUCAGCCGCCUGGCGCCGCUCCUGAAGGCGAAGCUGCCCAACGGGAAACUGCAGCAGCACCUGAAGUCCCUGCAGAACCUGUGCAACUACUGCACCUCCAUCCUCAGCCUCUACUUCCCCUGGGACGGAGGUGAGCCCCCAGCCAGCGCCCCGCGGGCUGCGGGCGCCGACGGCAGUGAGGCAGAGGAGGACCCCCACAAACGGCGCAACCAGCUGCUGUCGGUGUCCAUCCAGCGUGGUGGCACGAGGCCGGCUGGCCACCAGCCCAUCGCCCUGGAGGAGGAGGAAGAGGAGGAAGAGGAGUGA